CGGUACUGCUCAUUAAGUCCACCGGCAACGACGACGACAAAGGACGAAAAUACAUCCGUCGAGCCAUCCAUUUUUCCGCCGCUUAUCCCUCAACCGAGUUCGAAUCAUUUCAAAAUGUUAAAAGAGUUGGUCAAAGAGCGGCUAAUGGCGGCAGCCGAAGAAAUAUUUGGGCUGUUCGAAGGAACGAUAGCGUCGUACGAGGCGGAACUUUGUCGAACGAGAGAAGAGAACGAGCGACAACGACAACAACUGGAAGCUGCCUGCAAGACUCAACAAAUUGUGAUACAUCUUGAAGACAUUCAGCAGCUGAUUGGUCGUCAAGAUGGACUUCCCCCUCAGCCGCAGGAGGGGAGCUUUACAUUAACGCAGGAGGCUCCACAGUCCCUACAGGUCAAAGAGGAAGAGGAGGACCUCUGGAUCACUCAAGCGGGAGAGCGUCUUCUAGGGCCGGAUCUGUCUGGUGUCUCUGUGAAGAUUGAAACCCCUCAAGACAAACCACCUGAGUCCUCACACCGUCAUCAGAGUACAGGUCAGGUGCCUCCAAGCAGCAGCUCACUACAACACAUUACAAAAGACAUUGGAGACCACUGUGGAGGAUCACAAACAGACAAUCUCUUAGUUCUACUCUCAGACAGUGACGGGACAACGUCACACUGUCCUGAGGACCGCGACAACACCAAAGAACCUUUGAGCAGCGAUACAGACUGUGAAGUUGUUAUGAGGACUCACACUGACAACAAACACUCUGAAUGCGCUGAAAAGAAGACCGGUAAAAAACUUGGGAACAUAAGAAAACGCAGAGGAGAAAAAUCUUUCCGUUGUUCGUCUUGUGAUAAAGCAUUCCAUUACAAGUCAGACUUGGUAAAUCACAUGAGGAUACACACUGGAGAAAAACCUUUCAGGUGUGUAGUUUGUGGUGAGCAAUUUGCUCAUAAGUCCAAUAUGAAGAGACACGCAAUAAAUCACACAGACGAAAAACCUUUCAUUUGUUCAGUUUGCGGUAAAAGAUUCUAUAAUCAGUUAACUAUGGAAUCACACAGGAGAUCACACACAGGAGAAAGGCCUUUUAGUUGUUCAGUGUGUAACAAAACAUUCUCUCAAAAUGCAACUGUGGUGAAACACAUGAGAACACACACAGGAGAAAAACCUUACGGUUGUUCCUUCUGCAGUAAAGCAUUCUCUCAAAAGACAAAUAUGGUAUCACAUAUGAGAAUACACACAGGAGAAAAACCUUAUAGUUGUUUAAUGUGUGGUAAAAGCUUCUCUAAUAAAUCAAACAUGCAAAAACACAUUAGAAUACAUGGGAGAAAAAACUUCUAAUUCUUCAGUUUGUAGCGAAAGAUAAUCGAAAAAGUCAAAACUGGUGAAACACUUUAAGAACCGGACACAUGUAAAAUGCCAUACUCCUGUUACAUUUUUGUUAAAACAUUUUACUUGGCACAUCACACAUGCGGACACUCUGGGCUUAGAGGUAGUGAUGUGUGAUCGUAGUUUAGAUGACAAUAACGAUGAGUGACCUAAAAAUACAGAAAACGGUUAAGUUAAAAAUAGCAAGGCAACAAUCGUAGUCUGAAGGAAGACAGAGACACACUCACAUAACUCAGGACUGCUGGAUCGGACUGGAAGACCCAGGGGCGUAUUUAGUUAUUUGAGGUCCCAAGUCAAACUUAGUCAUUGGGGCCCUCCACAUAACAUAAACAUAGUAAUUUAGUAUUUUGUUAGAACUGUAUCAACACUUUGACUGUAAUUUAUAGGUACAUCAAUCGACAAUAUAGUACAAGCCAUUUUUAGAGACCAUUUUUAUUGGUAGCAUAAUUACACCGGAUGUGACGCGCAACACUUUAUUGUGAAGGGCAUAAGUUUUACUGGUGGAAAAGAAAAGUGCUCUUUCAACUCUUUAUUGUAACGCUCUUGUGGUCGACUUUGGAGAGCUUGACAAAUGUAAAGUGUGACGUGACGGAGUGGGACACAAUGUUGUAUAAAUAAUUGUAGAAAUGUAGCUCCCAUAAUGAGUUGUUUUUUUUAAUUUUAUUUUUGUAUUUAAUCUUUUUUUAUGUGUACUUUUAUUGUCCUUUGUGUGUUCUGUGUACAGUGUUAGUGACUUAGGAGUUAAUUUAAUAAUAUUUUAGAUAUAAGAUCUGAAAGUACUGUAUACAUUUAGACAUAAGCAGGGGCUCACCGCUCUCUCUCUAUUUCAGUUUGGCGUUGAAAAUGUUGAAGAGCCCUGAUUUUAAGGGUUCAAGAACUCAUGCAUCACAUAUGUGACACACGUUUGGCAUCAUACGGUUAACCCUGGAAGCUAUUGAAGAAAAGUUUUAUAUUUUUAAUAUUAAAAAAUACUCCUAUGAAGUUCCAU